UCCCCAGGGUGCUGAGUUGGGUGCAAGGCCUGAAGAGCAGAGCCCAAGGACUCUGUCCGCUGCCCCAGCUCCGUCUGGGCGAUGGGAAAAGGCUCCCGUGGAUCCUGGAGAUCUCCGAGAAGCUUCUGGGGUGGGAGGACUUCACCUGGCUGCCCGCUUUGGUUUUGUGUCCUCUGGGGUGUGAGAAGGGCCCUUCCGAGACCAGACUCGUCAAGACCAAGACCAGGCCUAGAAAAACUCGUGAUCAGGCAAGUCCUGCUCUCCUCCUGCUGCUCACAGCCUUCCAGAAGCCAGAGAAUUGAAUCCUAUCUCCCGAGUUCAGGGCACCUGGGGAUGCUUAUCGCCCGCUUAUCGAACCUACAUCCCCUGCAUCAUCUUGGUUCCUUCUGGUAGCCCGAAAAAGCUCUUGGAAUUAAUGUAAACCCGGCCAUUGCUGCAGCAAAUUGCAGCAGAUCCGUGGCUCUCCUAUGAAAGGAAUCCCCAAAAUGGUCAGGUCCGCCCCAAAAGUGCCUUGCCCUUGGCUUUGGUGAUGUCCUGCUCCAAUAUUGACACAAGCACACCCUGUUUUGAGGAGGACUUUGCCCGGGCGUGGUGAGAAAGCUGCAUUUCCACCCUCCAAACCUGCCUCCGUGCGGGGAGCCGCCAGGAGCAGGAGCUCGGGAAGCCGCCCGGGAUGAGCUCCCUUUUUGUGCGGACCGUGGCCGUGGAGAUCGCCAACAAGACGCGGAGCGUCACGCUGCACUCCCCCAGGAGCUACUGCUACAGCGGCUACAGUUACAUCCCACCCGCGCCCAAAAUCCCCCCAGGAGCCACGGAGAGCUGCCAGUUUUCCAACAGAGCGCUGAGCUUCCGGGGCAGUGUGGGAGUGCUGGUCUACGAGGCGGACACCUUCACGCUGGCCAUCCUCUUCUCCAACCCCUACGACUACAACAUCUUCCCCCUGGAGAUCGCCCUGGAGAUCUCCGCGAGCAAAGCCCACCUCGGCAGCUUGCAGGACGUCUAUAAGAGGAUGUACAACGGCGUGCCCGCUUGCGACGCCGCCUUCCAGCAAGCCCGUCUCCACGCGUGCCAGGAGACCCUCGCGGUUUCUGCCAACCACGUGCAGGUCAUGGCCACCAUGUCCACCUCUAGCGACGCCGUCAUCAAGGUCGUUGUGGAGGAUCAAGGUUGUCCCCCUCCAUAUUCAGAGCUUGCUCUGUCUGGUAUCUUCGGGCCGCAGCAGCCUCGGCCGAAGAAUUGGAAGAACGUGAUCAAAGGCAAGACUGGCAGUGUCUAUGAGUGGUGUGACCUUCUAGCAGGAGAUGAGAGCCUUCAACUUGGCCGGCUGGGCUCGCGUUCCUGCAAGGCAGACGGAGAUGUGGGUGAAGGUGCUUGUGGAGGGGAACCCACCACACCAUAA